CAUGAGUUCUUCAGUAAGAAGAAAAGGCAAGCCUGGCAAAGGAGGGAAGAAGGGGUCUGGUCGAGACUGGAAAGGAGGCAGAAGCCAGACCAGUAAAUCUCACAGUGGUGGUGGCAGCGGCGGUGGCACCAAGAAGGCCUCUAGCAGGAUCUGGGACGAUGAUGAUGACUUUUGUGUCUUCAGUGAAUCGAGAUGCCCCUCCUCCUCCUCCAGGUUCAGUGAGCAGAAGGCCGAGGCAAAGCCCCGGCGGCAUCUCAGUGGCCAAGAGCCUCUGCAGAGGCUGCACAUGACCUCGGAAAACCAGGAGAAAGUGCGGGCGCUGCUCCGGGACCUGCAGGAACACGAACAGAACGCCGCCUCGGCCUCCGAGAGUGGUGCUUCCGGGGAAGAAGCCGAGGAUGAGCCUGACGGUGACGAGGGCCAGUACUGGUCAGCAGGCCGAGAAGCAUCCCUGGUGCCCGACUAUGACCCUUCGGACUGUGCUGGCUCAGGGGCCUCAGAGCCUCCGCCCCCUGAGGGCCCCAUCAGCAUCAUCUCGGUGUUGAAGCUGUCCAGGUACGGCUUCCACUCUGACCGCUGCCAGCUGGCCCUGCAGACCUGUGAUGGGGACGUGGGCAAAUCCCUGGAGCUGCUGCUCAGCCAGUGCUUCGCCGAGACCUUCAGAGACCAGAUGGAGGCAUUGGAGGCCGCGUCGGCCAGAGUUAGUGCUGACGACUGUGCAGAACAGCGGCGGGCAGAGGUUCUCGCCCUCAGGUCCAUCUUUGGGGACAGAUUCACCGAGAGGAUCCAGGACCGCGUGUGGACUGUGGCGCUCGAGUUGGACUAUCUGAACAGGACGUUGUGCAGGCCUAGGCCCAGGCCAGGGGACAGAGCCAGCCCCAGGCAGGAGGUGCCCCCCGAGGUCUGCAGGUUCUACCUCAGAGGCAGCUGUAGGUUCGGAGCCAAGUGCAGGCUCCGACACGAAGCGCCCCCAGACCGGGCAGUGGGGCAAGUGGACAGGACUGCCCCCAGCACUCAUCCGCGAGGCCCUGAGCACAAACCCACCUUGUACGAACUUGAGGUCCGCUUUACUCCGGGCCACAGGUACCCGUACGAAGCCCCGCUCGUGGCACUCUACUCCACCGACGAGGCACUGCCCCUGGCCUGUCGCCUACAUGUGACUGAGCUCCUCUACGCCCGGGCCCUGGGCCUGGCCGCUGCCUCGGAGCCUGCCGUGUACUCGCUGCUCACCCUUCUGGAGGAUGAGUCCGUCAUCACCCCGUUACUGAGCAGGGAGCCGCACAAGCACAGCGGACCCCCAGCCAGUGCUCCCUCGCUGUCCUCGAGGCCUAGCAAGCACCAGCCUGCCUGCCACAGAGCUGCCUUCCCGGCCCACCUUUCUGUGUCCAGCCAGAUUCCAGAAGCUGAGAAGGAGUUGGAGGUGGAGAAGAAGAUGAAUGAGGACAAGGAGCCCGUGGUGGUGGCGAUGGAGGAGGAGAGCUCCAUGCACCCGAGGAAGAAGGUCUCCCUGCAGCACAACUGCAUGGCAAAAGGAACUCAGGCUCAGAACGCCAGACUCCGUGAGCAGUUCCGGGAAAAGCAGAAUUCCAGUCAAUUCCAGGCCAUUCUGCGGGAACGGCAGUCCCUCCCCGCGUGGGGAGAGAGAGUGACUAUCCUCAAGCUGCUAAAACAGCACCAAGUGCUGGUGGUCAGCGGCAUGACUGGGUGUGGGAAAACCACGCAGAUCCCGCAGUUCAUCCUGGACGAAUCCCUGCAGGGCCCCCCUGGGAAGGUAGCCAACAUCAUCUGCACCCAGCCACGGCGCAUCUCGGCCAUCUCCGUGGCUGAGCGAGUGGCCAAAGAGAGAGGCGAGAAGGUGGGGCUCAGCGUGGGUUACCAGAUCCGGCUGGAGAGCGUCAAGUCCUCGAGCACCCGCCUUCUCUACUGCACGACGGGCGUGCUGCUGCGGAGGCUGGAAGGGGACGCGGGGCUUCGUGGCGUCACCCACGUCAUCAUUGACGAGGUCCACGAGCGCACCCAGGAGAGUGACUUCCUGCUGCUCGUCUUGAAGGACCUGGUGCGGCAGAGGCCAUCCCUCCUGGUGAUUCUCAUGAGCGCCACCGUAAACACGGAGCUCUUCUCGGAGUAUUUUGGCUCCUGCCCGGUCGUUACCAUACCAGGCCGCACGUUUCCGGUCCAUCAGUUCUUUCUGGAAGAUGCUAUUGCUAUGACAAGAUAUGUGCUGCAGUCCGGCAGCCCCUACGCACGCUCUGGGAAGCCUUUGACCAAGGAGCAGGUACGGGCUCGGCGCCAGCGCACAGCCAUGGAGGAGGUGGAGGAGGACCUGAGGCUGGCCUUGCAGCUUGACCCCGAGGAUGACGCUGACGUCCCCAAGGACUCGGUGCCUGAUCAACAGCUGGACUUCAAGCAGCUCCUGGCCCGCUACAGAGGCAUCAGCAAGUCAGUCAUCAGGACCAUGUCCAUCCUAGACUUUGAGAAGGUCAACCUGGAGCUGAUUGAGGCCCUGCUGGAGUGGAUCGUGUCCGGGAAGCACUCAUACUCGAUGGGCGCCAUACUUGUGUUCUUACCUGGUCUGGCAGAAAUCAAGACGCUGUAUGAACAGCUCCAGGCAAACGCGCUUUUCAACAACAAGCGGAGCCAGCGGUGUGUGAUCUACCCCUUGCACUCGUCCCUGUGCAGCGAGGAGCAGCAGGCCGUAUUUGUCAGGCCGCUCAAGGGCAUCACCAAGAUCAUCCUCUCCACCAACAUUGCCGAGACCUCCAUCACCAUAGAUGACGUCAUCUAUGUCAUCGACUCGGGGAGGAUGAAGGAGAAGAGGUAUGAUGCCAGCAAAGGGAUGGAGAGCCUGGAGGACACGUUCAUCUCGCAGGCCAACGCGCUGCAGAGGAAAGGCCGGGCCGGCCGCCUGGCCUCGGGAGUCUGCUUCCACCUCUUCACCAGCCACCACUUCCACCACCAGCUACUCAAACAGCAGCUCCCCGAAAUCCAGAGGGUGCCGCUGGAGCAGCUCUGCCUGAGGAUCAAGAGCCUUAAGAUGUUCCAGGCACAAGACUUGCAGUCCGUGCUCUCCCAACUCGUCGAGCCCCCACGCCCCGAGGCUCUCCUCGCUGCUAAGAGCCGCCUGCGGGACCUGGGCGCCCUGACCCCCGAGGAGGAGCUCACGCCACUGGGCUACCACCUGGCCUCGCUGCCCGUGGACGUGCGUGUCGGGAAGCUCAUGCUCUUUGGCUGCAUCUUCCGCUGCCUCGACCCGGCGCUCACCAUCGCCGCCAGCCUGGCCUUCAAGUCCCCUUUUGUGUCUCCGUGGGAUAAGAAGGAGGAAGCCAACCAGAAGAAGCUGGAGUUCGCCUCGGCCAACAGCGACUACCUGGCCCUCCUGCAGGCGUACAGGGGCUGGCAGCACAGCUGGAGGAACGGAGUGUCUGCGAGAUACAGCUACUGCCGGGAGAACUUCCUGUCGGGCCGGGUGCUCCAGGAAAUAGCCAGCCUCAAGCGGCAGUUCACGGAGCUGCUGUCGGACAUCGGCUUUGUGAGGGAGGGUCUACGGGCACGUGAGAUAGAGAAGAAGGCUCUGGCCGGAGACGGCAUACUGGAAGCCACCGGAGAGGAGGCAAACUCCAACGCCGAGAACCCCAAGUUGAUAUCGGCCAUUCUGUGUGCUGCCCUGUACCCCAACGUCGUGCAGGUGAAAGGCGCGGAAGGAAAGUUCCAGAAAACCAGUCGGGGUAGCAGGAAGACGCAGUCCAAGUCAGAGGAGCUGAAGUUCGUCACCAAGAACGAUGGCUUUGUGUACAUCCACCCGUCGUCGGUGAACUAUCAGGUCCGGCACUUCGACAGCCCCUACCUGGUGUACCACGAGAUGGUGAAGACGAGCCGCGUGUUCAUCCGUGACUGCAGCAUGGUGUCCGUGUACCCGCUGCUGCUGCUUGGGGGCGGCCAGGUCAGCGUCCGACUGCACAAGGGCGAGUUCCUGGUCUCGCUGGACAACGGCUGGAUCUCCUUCUCGGCAGCCUCCAAACAGGUGGCUGAGCUGGUCCGGGAGCUGCGCGGGGAGCUCGACCAGCUCCUGCAGGACAAAAUCAAGACCCCGAGCAUGGACCUGAGCACCUGUCCCCGGGGCUCCCGCAUCAUCAGCACCAUCGUCAAGCUUGUCACCACCCAGUGAACUCCACUGCGGCCCACCAGCCUGUCCUUCCUG